AUGGGGAAGCGCAAGCGUAACAAUGCACUGGCAACCUCGGGCACCGCCAAGAAACAUGCUUCAAAUGGUGGGAUUCCAAGUCCGCCAGGAGAUACGAACACGCAUAUGGGUCCAGAGAGGGUCAACUCGGUCAUUUCAUCAGAAGAGCUAGAGAUUGCAGUCGAGACGUUGCAGACGCUUGCUGAGCAUCCUGCCGUCAUCAAGUCGAAGGCAUGUAAGGACUUACGAACGGCGGUAUACAGUUUCCGUCAGGCCAGUACCACUGGCAUGCUUGCGGCAGAGGGUAGCAAUCUCACUGCACGGAUAUCCGCCGCGCUCACCGAUGCCAACUAUCUUGAUGCACGCAUCUUACUGGCUGAGAUGCGCAUUAGAAAGGAGACGCCUGCCUUGGGUGCACUGUGCCGAUGGGUCCGGACAUUAGAUGUAGUAUCUGGAUUAUCGAUCCAUGUUGAAGUGCCGAACCAAACCGUUGUUGGCCAGAAUGCUUCCAAUCACGACUUGAUUCAAGUCUUGGACGCCAUCUUACGAGUCACCGGUCCAACCGACACAAAUCUUCCGAAAGUAUGCAGAGCCCCUGGUACUGUUGCGUUGCAGGAGACAUGGGAUCUUCGCGGCAUCACAGAACCAACUCGCCACGUUCGUGAAGCAAUCGCCGACGAAACUAUCUUUUCAUCUUCGCCCGCAGACCUCAAAUCGCGCUUCCGCGUCCUCGAAACUACCCCUGGUUUGUCGCGUAAACCACCGAAUCUCCAUCCUGCAGUUCUAUUCGCCUCCACCGACGACGCCGUCCCUCUCGCAAACCCCCCAAAAACCGAAUGUCGCAAUCAUCCGGUUGUGCCUAACCUAAGACUCAUCAGGGAUGUACUCUCACCCGAAGAAUGCACGUCAAUCAUCUGCGCAGGCGAAACAAUGGGAUUCCUCCCCGACGCGCCGCUACGACCGCAGGGCGAAGAAACCAGUAUUCUGGCGCACAACUUCUACUGGAUUGUUGACAAGGCGCUUCACGACAAACUGUGGGACAGAGUGAAGCCAUUCGUACCGGAAAGCGUAGGCGGUAAGGUGGUACGCGGCAUCAAUCGACGAUUUAGGGUCUACAGAUAUGUACCAGGCGCCGAAUACAGAUGCCACAUCGACGGAGCAUGGCCACCAUCCGGUAUUGACACUGUCACAGAUGCAUACCAAUACGAUUCAUCCCCCGCUACCGCUCGCCAAUCCUCGCUCUUCACGUUUCUCAUUUAUCUCAACGAUGACUUCCGCGGUGGCGAGACGACAUUUUUCAUCCCAAGUCUACAAGAUGGCGUCAUCAAUGCAUAUCCUGUCAAGCCGAUCAUGGGCAGCGUGGCUGUCUUUCCACACGGCGAGGCACAAAAUGCGCUGCUUCACGAAGGCACAGGUGUAGUUGAAGGAGCCAAGUAUGUCAUCCGGACCGACGUCGAGUAUGAUGUGGAAGCCAGCAGUGCAUAG